CAACAUUGACCGCUCCCACCCAACACGCGUUUGUUUUGUUUGUUUUAGUAUUUCGCUGGUGAUUUUAUACUGCUUGAAAAAACCACAAUGAUUCAGAUGCAUUUACGCGGUAAGAAUUUCGACUUCUGCAGGAUUUGUCUCGUGAACUCAAAGUCCAACAAACACUUGACGUUCUUAAACAUUUUUAAAUCUGCUAUUAGAGAUUUACCAUUGAAACAACAUUUGAAAGAUCUAUUUGGAAUUGAAAUAAGCUCAACAGAUACUAAACCAAAGAAAAUAUGCAAUGAGUGUUUCAUAAAAGUGGCUAAUUUUUAUGAAAUGAAACGAAAGGAGGCAGAUUCUGAAAAAACUCUUAAUUACAAUGUUUCAAAGGAAUCUAAAACAGCAAAUAAAAAGUCAUUCAACAACAUGAAACUAAAAUCAACUCCAACCGAUGAAACAAAAUUAUUACCUAAGUACAAGGAGGUGACCAUUAAUCAAAUAGAUCACAUUAUUCUGGCCAACUCAAGAUUUAAAAAUUUCAGAUUGAUAAGAAGAGCAGACUCAAACUUAUACCACUAUCUAGUAAGAGGUAAAAUCAAAAAUCAAACUCAAAAAACGUCUUCAAGGAAAUAA